AUGGCGAUAGCAUCAUUGGGAAAGGGAUCGAAGCUCGACGCUGCUGAAGUUCGAGCACUUGUCAAAGCGGCUGGUCUAUCACUUUCCGACAGUGCAAUCGAAGACUGGCGUUCUCUCCUUGGAUCUCUAGAAGACUGUGCACAGCUCGUGUUCGAAGAAGACGAUGGCCUGCCGAAGCCUGAUCCAGAGCUGUAUAUCCGGACCGAUAUCCACAUUCCGGAGGACAACAACAAAGGCGGCUGGGCGACGCGAUGUUCUAUCAAGAGCACCGCCCCAAAGAGCUCUUUGCUCGCUGGACGCACCGUGGCAGUGAAAGACAAUACUGCAGUUGCGGGCGUCCGGUGUACGAAUGGUCUUCCACCGAUCAAUGGAGAGUGGAUCCCCGCGUAUGACGCCACAGUAGUGACCAGAGUACUGGACGCUGGUGCCACAGUCACUGGCAAGGCUGCCUGUGAGAAUGCAUGCAUGGAACCGAUCUCCAACACGUCGUAUACAGGUGUCGUCCAUAAUCCCUAUGCGGAUGGCUAUACGUGUGGAGGUUCCAGUAGUGGAUCGGGACGAUUGGUCUCGAUCGGCGCUGUAGAUAUGGCACUGGGAGGCGACCAGGGAGGGUCGAUCCGCAUUCCAGCCGCGUUCUGUGGCAUUGUCGGGCACAAGCCGACCUGGGGAUUGGUUCCCUACACCGGUAUUCUUGGUCUGCAAUCAGUGAUCGACCAUACCGGCCCCAUGACCGCCACCGUUCGUGACAACGCACUCAUGCUCGAAGCCAUCGCAGGCCCGGAUGGUAUCGACGACCGCCAGCCAUUCUACAUGGCUCCGGAAUCCCUGCGUUUCUCCAGCGGGUUGGACGAGUUCCUCUGUGCCGGCGCCAGCAAGCCCAAAGAUCAACUCCUUAAGGGUUUCAAGGUCGGAGUUCUCAAGGAGGGCUUCGCCGGCAAGCACAUGGACGCGAACGUCGCCGCAGCGUGUCACUCGGCCAUUGCGGAUCUCAAAGCAAUGGGAGCCGAAGUCGUCGAGGUCUCGGUCCCGAACCAUGAGCAGAUCUGUAUCAUCUGGUCGUGCGCCUUGCCGCUGCGCGGAGCUCGGGAAGCACUCCUGGGCGACACGACAGGACGCAAACAGCUAGAGAUGACGGACCGCAGUGUUGCCGCUGCUCCUGCCAUGGGUCCCAGUGGGAAAGCGCUGCUUUCACAAGAGUUCUUCGACGCUCUGGGCCCCGGUGCCCAAAACCUGUACAUGAGGUACUUGUACGUGGACAACAAGUACGGCGCGGGCUUGCACGCCAGAUGCACCAAUCUGCUCAACAAAGCAACACAGGCGUACGAUGCGGUCCUCGCCUCCGUCGAUGUGCUGGUGAUGCCUACGGUGCCGAUGCCAGCUUUGCCAUUCCCCGGUGGAGCUGACAACCCCACGGGCCGCUUUCAGGGUGGCGCUCUGGAGAGCCUCUCGUACCCCCUGGGUGUGCUCAGCAAUACGGCACAGUUCAAUUCCACCGGCCAUCCAGCCCUUUCCAUACCGGUAGGAUUCGUGCCCGCCGCAGAUAAGCCAGACAUCAAGUUGCCCGCUGGGCUCCAGAUUGUCGGCAAACGCUUCGAAGAUUUGACGUGCUACAAAGUAGCAGCGGCGUGGGAAGAGAACAAGGACUGGAAGAAGCUGGUGUUUGCAUAG